AUGGCUCUGUCCCAGGCUGCUGCUCUGGUCGAGAAGGUUUUAGGACAUAACGAUAAUGCCAUUACUGAGCAAGAUAUCACCAAUCCUGGUAGAGACCGUGCAAAGUAUGCGGAUCCAAGUGGUGAAACGAUGAAAGCCCUCUGUUGGAUGGGAAAGAACACUGUUAAGCUCAUGGAUGUUCCUAAACCAAGAGUUGUAGAAGAUAGAGAUGUCAUUCUGAAAGUUACAGGAAGCACCGUCUGUGGUUCAGAUCUUCACUUACUACAUGGAUCGGUAAUUGAGAUGGAGAAGGGGGAUAUCCUAGGUCAUGAGUUCUGUGGUGUUGUGGAGUCUUACGGCGCAGGAGUUAAGGGCCUUGAGAAAGGCGAUCGAGUGGUAGCAUCUUUCCAGAUAGCCUGUGGGGACUGCUACUAUUGCAAACAGAAGCUUUCGUCGCAGUGUGAGAGGACGAACAGUAACACCUUGGAGCAUGGUAUGUAUGGUGGAACCACAGCUGGAAUGUUUGGCUACAGUCACUUCACUGGCGGGUUUGCUGGAGGCCAGGCUGAAUAUGUUCGAGUUCCAUUUGGAGAUGUGAAUCUUUUGAAACUUCCAAGUGAUGUGCCAGAUGAGAAGGGACUGUAUCUUUCAGAUGUCAUUGCUACAUCUUGGAACUGCGUCGUGGAUACCGGCGUUGAAAAGGGUGAUGUCGUAGCGAUAUGGGGUGCUGGACCCAUUGGACAAAUGUGUGCAGAGUUUUCAUUCAUUAACGGAGCUUCACGUGUCAUCAUUAUAGAUUCCAACUGGCGACUGGAUUUCGUGAAAUCGAAGUACCCAAAAGUUGAGACUAUUGACUAUUCUACACUUCCAAGUGGCACUUCAGUUACGAGCAAACUCAAGGAGAUGGUCGAUGGUCGCGGCCCAGACGUUGCUCUCGAGUGUGUAGCUGGUGAAUACGCGAAAGGAUGGAGUCAUUAUUUCGAGCUUAUGCUUGGUCUCGAGACUGAUUCCUCGGAGAUUGUCAAUGAAAUGAUCACAAGUGUUAAGAACUUUGGGCGUUGUGGAAUCACCGGUGUCUAUGUUGGUUUCACCAAUCAUUUCAAUAUUGGAAGCUUGAUGGAGCGAGGAAUUCGAUUAAUUGGUAACGGGCAAGCACCGGUGCACAAGUACUGGCAUGAACUCUUGAAGAUGAUUCAAGAAGGAAAGAUUGAUCCUCUUCAGAUGGUUACCCAUCGAGUAGAUAUCGAGGAUAUGGUGGAGGUGUAUCAGAAGUUUGAGAAGAAAGAGGAUGGCAUGCAAAAGGUGUAUGUGCAAACUAAGUUCUCGGCACCCGCGGCUUCGGGUUCUCCAGCGUUGAAAAGGUUCAACUAG